AUGGCGAAGAUCCUGCAGAAGAGGAAGGUCAAUAUAGCAUGUGUCCAAGAGACUCAGUGGGUAGGAUCGAGGGCGAGGAAUGCAGAUAAGUACAAGUUAUGGUACUCUGGAGUCCUGAAGGGUAAGAAUGGUGUGGGCGUUCUGGUGGAUAGGGAACUUAAAGAGUUUGUGGUAGAGGUUAGGUGGGUGAAUUAUAGGUUAAUGUAUAUUAAGUUGGUGGUUGGAGCUUGGAUGAGGAGGUCAAGAGGAGCUUCUGGGAGGGCUUGCGGCUAUGACAAUGUGCAUGGUGGCGUCGAUUUUGGGGAUAGGAACGCAGGAGGUACUUUAUUGUUGGAUUUCGUAAAGGCAUUUGAGCUGGUGAUUGCUAACUCUAGUUUUCCAAAGAGGGAGGAGUAUUUGGUUACUUUUCAGAGUAUAGUGGCGAAGACUAAGAUUUACUAUCUUCUCCUUAGGAGGUGCAACAGAGGGCUGUGUAAGGAUUGCAAAGUGAUUUGGGGUGAGGCCCUCGUGUCGUAG